AUGGGCAUAGAUAUUUAGGGAUCCUUUUACCAUUUUGAACUCUACAUCAAUUCAUUAAGUAAGGUUUGAUUAUUAAAAUUAAGAAACCAAGCUUUUGGAAUUAUAUAGAUCAAAUUUUGUGCCCAUUUAAGAAUGA